UGGGCCUCAUAUACCAGCAGCCAAAGGGGGGGGGGGGCAAGAGGCGGGCGAGGGGGGUGGCAUGGUAAGACUGGGUAUAGCUGCAUAUCCGACUAUAGUCUCUCGCCUGUCAUCAGAUGCCGCGGAACCUGUGAAGGAGAACGAGAUGUGAUAGGAUGGGAGUGGGCAGUGAAUAGGCUGAGUGGCGGGCUAAUUGCAGCAAGGAUGAGACCCCGUAUCCAAAGGGGAUUAGAUGAAUCCGGGGAAGCUGGGGAUGCCCCGAAGGCGACCUCCCGCAGGGUCUGGGGACAGUUCUGGGCCGGACUGCCGCAGCUGUCGCAGGGAAUACGAUCUGAGUCCGGGUGGCUUUUUUUGCCCUCGUUGGAUGCGUUGGGUGAGAAGGUUGGGGAGGAAUUUAGAUUGGUGGUGUGUGCCUGUGCGUGCUGCUUGCUGGUGGGUUGGUGAACACACGGAAUACGGGCCGAACAGCCGGAUGAAGCCCCAUGGGGGAUUCAACACAUGGUCAGUCAGACUGUCUAUUCGACUCCUUUCCAAGUCACUCGAUCCGCAAACCGAGCAGACCGGAACCCUCCAGCGUCUGAGACUACUGCAGGAGGUUAUUCUCCGUAUCGCCAUCGCUUGUGCAUCGAUCGAGCUGCCGUACUGCCCUGCUUCCACGUGUCCAUCCAACCUGACCCUUCGGAGAUGUCCUGCUUUCGCCAUGCGUCUCGCUUGACUGAUCCGGUUUGUAUUCUAUCAUAGGUAUCAUAAUUUACACAAAAAAACAUACAUCGUACAUCAACGCCACCCACCCAGU